GCCAGGAUGAUGGGCUGCAAAACCAACUCGCUGACCUGCCUGCAAGGGGGCGGCAAGCCGGGGCUGCCGGUGGUGGCCGCGGCCACCGACUCCACGGCCACACUCCACAAGCUGGCCCUGGCCACGGGGGGCACGGAGAAGUCGUGGUACCGCUGUGUCUUCCCCUUCGGCAUCGUCUCCCUGGUCAUCGGCGUGGCCGCCACCUGCAUCACCUUCACCAUCAACGGGCCCCAGAUGGACAUCGCCAAGGUGGUCUCGGUGGCCACUCUCGUCUUCGGCUUGGGGCUGCUGGUGGCCGCCUUGGUCUGCUGGCGGGCCAAGCGGGAGAGGCAGCGCAAGAAGCAACAGGGCCAGCCCGUGCCCCUGGAGCAGGGAGCCCUAUGAUGCA